UUUGCAGCUUUAUUCAACAGUCGCUACUUGCGCUUGAUGCAAACUAAUUCUUGAAGUAUUAUUUUAUUAAGUUAUGUUAAUUAUGUGUCAGAAACAUACAAUAAUGAAGCGAGCAAUUUUCACAACCUUCAUUGCAUAUGUAUGUUUAGUUUUCGAAGCUGUCGCCCAAGGGAACAUUGAUGCUAUUGUCAAUGAUGCUAUGCAGUCUACCUUUCCGGGUGUACCACCAUUGGGACAGAUUCCAGCAAGUCGAAAUCCUAGGGUAGGUAUAGCCUCCAGGCCCGUCUUUGGUCAGGAGUGGGGGCCCGUUCGGUACCUACUCAGAUUAUCUCAGAGUAACCAUCCAUCGACCAAUGUUCUUCUUAUGGAACACGGAGCAAUGGCAUCUCAAGCAUCCAAGAUCAUAGCAAGACACCCUGAAGUUAGCAGUUUCCAAAGGGCGGUAUCAGAUCAACAAAUCUUGCAAAGUUUUGAGAGAGCAUGUCGCCCGUACUGUUACGAGAUGCCCCAAUGUGACUUCAGCGACCCCUACCGACGAACAGACGGACAAUGUAACAACCCGAUCAACCCCCUCCUGGGAGCUUCCUUCACUCCUCAACAGCGAGUCCUACCGAAUGCUUACGAUAAUUUGAUUGAUGCCCCCCGUACACGGUCUGUUGACAACUCCCCCCUGCCCAGUGCCAGGACCGUCAGUAACAGGGUCUUCCAGUGUACCUUAGGGGACAUGACCCCGGUCAGUGCCAAGUUCUCCACAUUCCUCACUCAUCACGGGCAGUUCAUUGACCACGAUGUCAUCUCCACGCCCUCGGAAACACUUUCAACAAAUCAGGCAAUCACGGAUUGCUGUAACCAAGUUGUGGGCUUAAUGAAACCUGAGGCUUGUUUCAUCAUCCCUGUUAACAUAGAGGAGGCAGACCCCUUCUUCCCCCCGUAUCAGACGUGUAUGAACUUUGUACGUCACACCGGCGCUCCGCCCUUGGGGUGUGCAAAUGGUGUACGAGAACAGGUGAACGAGAGAACAUCGUUCGUGGACGGUUCUAUGAUCUAUGGCUCUGACGCAGACAGAGAACAGGAGCUCAGAGCUACAUGUAAUGGACGACUUGCUGUAAAUAAAGAAAAUCUUUUGCCAAUUAACCCCCAGGGAUGUCCAGAAGAAAUACAAGCCAAGUUUCCUUGUUUUGCUGCAGGAGACCACAGACAGAGUGAAACACCGACAUUAACCGUUCCUCACAUCACGUGGUUAAGACGUCACAACUUGAUCGCUGAUGCAUUAAGAGCCGCUACGGGAAUUACAAACGAUGAAAUCCUUUUUCAGGAGACGAAAAGAAUUGUUAUUGCAGAACUACAACACGUUACUUACAAUGAGUUUUUACCGGCAAUACUGGACGAUUUACAUAUGAAUGCAUAUAAUCUACGGUCCAAGCAAGUAGGUCAUGCAGAAAUUUAUAAUCCAGAUGUUGACCCAAGGACCAUUAAUGCGUUUGGUGUGGCAGCAUAUCGAAUGGGUCACAGUUUGGUCCGAAAUACCGUGGGACUUUUGGAGAAUAGUCGCAAAAGGGUUUUCCCUGUGCAAGAACAUUUUGAAGUUCCCGAUAUAAUGUACAAAGGUGGAUAUGAACUUAUGGCUCGCUGGAUGUCAAGGGAGCCGAAGUCAAAAUCGGAUCGAUUUCUGGUCGAUGGUAUCAGGAAUAGGCUGUUUGAAAAUUUUAUUGCAACUACUUCACCUGGCGAAACGCAGUCUUUAGAUUUGGGAGCUCUCAAUGUUCAGAGGGGCCGUGACCACGGCAUUCCGUCCUACAAUGCUUACCGACAGUUCUGUGGACUCCCUAGAGCUAACUUCUUCGCAGUAACACAUGGAGGUUUAGUUAAUCACAGUCCCCGAGCAGCAAACGCACUUAAACUGACAUAUAGACAUCCUGAUGACAUCGAUUUGUUUGCUGGUGGCAUGUCUGAGACUCCUGAAUUAGGCAGUAUACUAGGACCGACCUUUCAAUGUCUGAUAGCCUUCCAAUUCAGUCUUUACAAACAAGGAGAUAGAUUUUGGUACGAGAGGACCUUUCCAGAAAUUCCACUAGCAGCCUUCACAACAGCUCAGCUUGGUCAAAUAAAACAAACCACGUACGCAAAGAUUUUGUGUUCAGUAAUGAGUGACAUAGGAGUCUUUCAUUCCUUCCAACCUAACUUGAUGCUACGUUCCAAUAUUCCUGGAAACUCUCCACUGCCAUGCAAUGUUAUACUGGGAGGUAGUCCUCUUGGAUUUGAUAUAAAUCCAUUCGCCGAUCAAAUUAUUAAGCUUCGCGAAAUGCGAAGGCAAAACCCUUUCCUCGGAGCAAUUUCCCCAUUUAAUCCAGGCAUGCACAAAAUCAUGCAAAUUAUGGGUCAGUUACCACACAGAAAUAACGUUUUCCCUCCUAUUAACUCUGCACGAGUGCCCAAAAUCAGACGGAAACAAAGAAUAGUGUAUUGAAAUUAUUUUUAGAAAGAUGUUACAAAGUUGUAAACGUGCUAGAU